CUGUGACAUAAGGCCUAAGACUGUGACAUCUCGCAGUUAUGUUAUGUUUAUGAAAGCGACGUUUGUAGUCAAAGAAGCAACCACUGGAACCGAACAAGUAGCAAAGGGGGGUAUAGAAUUAUCUUAGUUAUUAAUAGCUAUAGUCUUCAUUUCAGGGAAGCACUCUAGUCGGUGGUUCUCUUGGAACAACGUUUGCGGUCUUCUUUUAGUAUUGUAUUUCCCAUUUAGGAUCAUUUCAUUUUUUUCUUUGUCCUUCAAAUGUUUAAAGCAAAGGUGCUCCUUAUAGGACCGAGUGAGUCGGGUAAAACAUUUUUAGGAAAUUUUUUGGCUGAUGCUACAGAGUCUGUUGGUGGAGAAUACAACCCAACACAAGGUGUUAGGAUUCUAGAAUUUGAAUGUCCAAAUGUGAAUAAAGGCUCCAGCUGUGAAGUUGAAUUAUGGGAUUGUGGAGGGGAUCAUAAAUUUGAAAGCUGUUGGCCAGCGAUUAUGAAAGACUCACAUGGGGUAAUAAUAGUAUUUAAUAUGGACAUUCCAAGUCAUCUCAAAGAGAUUGAAAUGUGGUAUUCCAACUUCAUCCAGCAGCAACGAUUGCAGGAGAAUCAGUGUCUUUUAAUAGCACAUCACAAGCCUGGAUCAGGAGAUGAAAGGCAGCAUCCAGAUUUAUCUCCCUCACUAGGUAAAUUACCACUUGUACACUCCAAUCUAGAAGAAGACCCAGAGGACCUUAGAAUGGAAUUCAUAAAGUACCUCAGAGGAUUGAUGAACUCUUUGUCGGAGAGUAGAGAUCGUGAAGAAAUGUCUAUUAUCACAUAAAUGUAGUGUUUGCUACUAUUUAAUAUGAUCACUUUCUAUCUGUAGAUAGAAGUAUAUACAAUUAAUAGACUAAACUUUUGUGUCUUAUGUGCUUGGUAUUCUUACUAAAGAACCAUCUCUCACCUUUGCAAAUAACAAAGCAAGUACAUGAUAUUAUUCUUAUUUUUUGUACGAUACGUCAUUUCUAUACAUUGAAAUGCAAGCUGCUAGUUUUAGGUUAUAAAUACGUUGUUGUAAAGUAAACUGUUCAAUUUGUUAUUUAAAUGUUUUAUGGAAAUUAAAACAUUUGUCAUAUUAUCAAAAAUGUUAGUCUUUAAAAUAAUACACAUUUAACAAGUCAAUUUGCGAAGGAAAAAACAUCAUAUAUUUUAAAUAUGAUAUCAGUUUGCCAUUGGGACAUCAAUGUAAUUUAUAUUGUACAAUAAAUAAAAUACUUAUUUCAA